AUUGUAUAUUUAUUUAUCCCACAUUUGCCAACUACCCUCUAAGUACCAGAUCCCAUGGCAGGUAACGAGGGCACAGGUAGGGUCACCUAAUCUGCCUAUAGGGUUUGGGGAAAGACCAGGGAAAGUGGCAGGCCUCCCAGGUGGGCCCACCUCCCUGGAUGGUCAUGGAGGAACAAGCAGGUACGUUUAGAGCAAGGCAGCAUGGCUUUGUGACUACCACAUACCAGUAGCCAGAAGAGGAGCCCAAAGGUUUGGAUGCAGUAAAUUUCAGAAUCAGGGAGGGAAGGUGGAGCAGGGACUAUGGAUAGGAAAGCCGAGCUCCACCAAGUGUCUGCUGCCCUCUUGUGGUCCGAGGGACCGCCUCGGCUUCUUCAACCGCCUGUAGAUCACGCAACCCGAGUGUUGCUGGCAGGCAAAAUGCGACGUGUCCAAAAUAAUCGGAAACUAGCAAACAUCCUCAACUAUUCCAACCAAAUAUUUGCUGGCUCUUCCCCAAAACUUCCUAUGAGUUUUUAACCAAAUUAAAAGUUAGUUUCUCCUCAAUUCUUCUUGCCAUUUAAGUGGUUAAUCAGCAUAUCACUGGACAAAUAUCGGAGAGCCUAUUUUACUCUAGAUACUGGACUAGGCUCUGUGGGCCCCCGGGGCUGAAGCGCUAUGAUGGUGUAGGGCACAGGCCCUUCCCAGGGUCACCACUACCGGUGACCUAUACGCCAAUCUUCUGCGGGCAAUGAGUUGUGCACAAGCUAAGGCUUAGUCCCUACUGAAGAUCGCCAGGGUUGUCCAGUGUCCCAGGAGUUCAGAACUCCGUAACUAAGGGUCUCUCCUUAGUUUGUAUCCACCAAUGCUUCACCUUCACUGAAAUGGUGUGUCAACGGUGACGCGCGCCAUCCAUCAUUUAAGGGCACAAAUCCGCGUUCUUCAGGCGCAGGACUCCUCCAAUAGUGUUCCUCUCCCGGGCAUCACCUCUGCAGGCGCUGGCGUGCUCCGGCAUCACCGCGCACCGCAGGAGGCUGGCGAGGUGCGGGUACCAGCUACAUCCUGAGCCUCUAGGCCUCCCGGGUUCUCCUCAGGCCCCGCCCCCUGCGUGCGCGGCCCCGAGGCCCCGCGCGCUCCCGGUCCGCGCGCCAUCUUGACUACACCGGGAGGUUCGAGUGUGGACUGGCCACAGUGUGCACAGCAAGAGAGGUUCCCCAAGGCCAUCGGAGCAGAAUGGAACAUUACCGGAGGGCUGGCUCUGUCGAGCUGCCGGCAUCCUCCCCGAUACCCCAGCUACCUCCCGACACCCUGGAAAUGCGAGUCCGAGAUGGAAGCAAAAUCCGAAAUCUGCUCGGACUGGCGCUGGGUCGGCUGGAGGGGGGAAGCACAAGGCACGUGGUGUUCUCAGGCUCCGGCCGGGCUGCGGGAAAGGCCGUCAGCUGUGCGGAGAUUGUUAAACGGCGGGUUCCCGGCCUGCACCAACUCACCAAGCUUCGCUUCCUGCAGACUGAGGACAGCUGGGUCCCAACCUCACCAGACACGGGCCUAGACCCGCUUACAGUUCGACGCCAUGUGCCGGCAGUGUGGGUGCUGCUCAGUCGGGACCCCUUGGACCCCAGUGAAUGUGGCUACCAACCUCCGGGAGCACCCCCCGGCCUGGGCUCCAUACCUAGUUCCAGCUGUGGUCCCAGACCACGAAGAAGGGCUCGGGACACCCGGUCCUGAAGACCGGCGGACCUGACUGGACUCUAGACCUGAUAUCUGUGCCUUCUCUCGGAAGCACUUGUGUGACAUGCCAGCAAGGCUUGCGACCACUUAAGUCCCGCCUCCCUUCCCCUGGAAUGUGGGGUAGCGCUGAGUUAAAGACUGCUUGAGGAGGGUUUCUUCUGUCUUCAUCUGCAGUAUGUCUCUCUUGCCCUUUGGACAUCGGUUUAGGCAAGGAAAAUAAAGAUUGUGCCCAUAUGUCUGGCCUGCUCUGUGUACGUGGGAUUGAAGGAGUGUGAGGCCCACCUUUCCCCGGAACUCCUGGGAUGGAAGCAGGAAGGCCAGCUAGAGGCUGAUGCUAGGUGGAUCUGGUAUCAAUAAAUUUCAAGCAGUAACCUGGAUGGCGUUUUGCCACCUGCUUUAAGCUGGUUUGGGACUCGGCCAGGUCAGGCAUUUCUCCCAUCUGUGACAUAUGCUUUAGUAUAGUGGGGUCAUGAACUCAGGCUUUGCCUGUUAUGAUCUUAAUCCUGGCUCUCCCACUCACAAGUUACUGCUUUGUGGUUUCGGAUAAAGUUACUUACUGGACCUUAGUGUUCUUGUCUGCAAACUGGGGGUGUAGGGGCGCUUACCUCAUUAGGGUUCUUUUUUUCUUAAUUUAUUUAAAUUUAUUUUAUGUGCAUUGAUGUGAAGGUAUCAGAUCACAGAGCGUUGUGAACUGCCUUGUAGGUGCUAGGAAUUGAAUUUGCAUCCUCUGGAAGAGCAGUCAGUGCUCUUAACCCCUGAGCCAUCUCUCCAGCCUUCUCAUUGCAUUCUUUUAAAAAAACAAAACAAUUAUUUCAUUUUAUGCACAUUGAUGUGACGGUGUCAGAUUCCCUGGAACUGAGUUACAGGCAGGUGGGUGCUGGGGAUGUUUGAACCCAGGUCCUCUGGAAAGGCAGCCAGUGCUUUUAACUGCUGAGCCAUCUCUCCAGCCCCCUCAUUAGCAUUCUUAUAAAGAGACGUACAUAUUGGACACUUAGAUAUCAUUUGAGCACCUGGUGCUAUAUAAAUGUCAUAAGUGACUUAAGUUUACAAACAUGCUGUUCUCUUAAGAGUAGACCUCAAGCCCGGCAGUGGUGGUGUACGCCUUUAAUCCCAACACUUGAUGGCAGAGGCAAGUGGAUCUCUGUGAGGUUGAGGCCAGCCUGAUCUACAAGAGCUAGUUCCAGGACCAGCUCCAAAGCUACAGAGAAACCCUGUCUCCCCUCCCCCCCAAAAGGGGGUUGGAGAGAUGGCUCAGAGG